AGGAGCUCUAUGUUGUCGGCAACUUGUGUCAGAAAAUGAUGAAACCUGAAUCUCUUUGUUUUCUCUUGUUAAUUUUAAUGAACUCCUGGGAGACGGCGCUAUCUGGCGCCCAGAUGCUGGUGAAGUUUAAGAGGUAUGACAACCCGGAUGGCAAGGGCAGCAAUGGCCACUGCUGUGACGGACGGUGGGUCUUCUGUUUCAGCGAGUGUGACCACCGAUUUAUCGUCUGCCUCGACCGCACUACUGGGCCACAGGAUAUGAACAGUUGUCCGUACGGUAAAGUGAGCACGAGCGGCAUCACAGACCGCAACACCAUCAACUUUGGGAGAACCAUCGGCGGCACACGCAACCCGAUACGGUUUAGAUUCGAUACCUGGCCGGUGUUGUUGAAGAUCAAGGUCAAGGUGUGGGAUGUGGACGACAACAGCGCCCACGAGGACGUGGACUUCCUGUGGCAGAACAUCCUACAGCGCAGCCCGGGCCGGGGAGAGGCGACCGCCGUGCCGAGACAGUAUUAUCUCAAACACAGAACUAGUCUGUCAAUAGAAGUGAAAGUGUUUUGUAACCCGUAUUAUUACGGUGAUAGUUGUACGGUAUACUGCAAACCACGGGACGAUAACAGAGGACAUUAUGUUUGUAAACAACGAACAGGCCAAAAAAUGUGUCUGCCUGGUUGGGAAGGAGCCCGGUGUAAUAUAAAUAUCGAUGACUGUGCUCAACGUCCGUGUUUAAAUGGCGGGACAUGCACUGACCAUCUCCGUUCAUACACGUGCGAGUGUCAGGUCGGCUUUCUAGGUGUUAAAUGUGAACUGAAUAUCGACGAAUGCGCGAGUAACCCGUGUCAUUCUGGAGGAAGUUGCGUCGACGGUGUGGCCGGGUUUCAAUGUCGGUGUAGUCACGGGAGGACGGGGGCGACCUGCGAACACGACAUCAACGAGUGUGCGUCGUCGCCGUGUGUCAACGGAGGCAGUUGCUACGACCUGGUCGCCAACUACACGUGUCUGUGUCCGCGAGGAUUCAGCGGUGACCUGUGUCAGCUGGACACUGACGAAUGUUUGGAGGACGAUCCUUGUCUGAACAAUGGAACGUGUGUUAAUACGGUCGGUAGUUACUCUUGUCUGUGUCCGGAACAGUUCGACGGCAAGCACUGUGAAAAACAAAACCCGUGUUUUCUCCAACCUUGCCAAAAUGGCGGCCAGUGCUCACAUAUUGUCGGGGAAUCAGAUUUUCUUUGCAACUGUACGGAGCGAUUUUACGGCAGACUGUGUAACUUGGACGUAGACGAGUGUGAGUUAUCUCCCUGCUCAAACAACGGCACGUGCGUCAACGACUUUGGUGGCUACCAGUGCAUCUGUCCAGGGGCAUUUCAAGGUGAAACGUGCGAGGAGGACAGAAACGAAUGCGAGACCGACCCAUGUCUGAAUAACAAGACAUGCAUCAACUGGUACGGCGGGUACCACUGUAACUGCGGCCCAUACUUACAGGGCGAGCGUUGCGAGACGGACGUUGACGAAUGUCUGGAAACUCCGUGUGUAAACAACGGCACGUGCGAGAACACGUUUGGCUCCUACUAUUGUAGCUGUCCAGAUUCAUUUCAAGGGAGACACUGCGAUCUCGACUGCAGGGAGAAGUGCUUGAACAACAAUACCAGCACAAACACAACUGGUGAGCAUAAUUGCAGCUGUUCAGCGGAAUACGAUGGGCAGGACUGCAAAAAUGGUGCACUUGAGUGUCUAGAUAAAACAUGCUCAAACAACGGUACAUGCACAAACGCAACUGGUGAGCAUAAUUGCAGUUGCUUAACGGAAUACGAUGGACCUGAGUGUAAAAAUGACACAAUCGAAUGCCAAGACAAAUCAUGCUUAAACACCAGUACAUGCACAAACACAACCUCUGACCAUAACUGCAGCUGCUCAGCUGACGAACCUGACUUCACGAAUGACACAAACGAGUGCUUGGACGAGCCGUGCUCCAACAACGGGACGUGCGUCAACACGGUGGGGUCCUAUUUCUGCAGCUGUGGCCCAGCUUACCGAGGACACCACUGCCAGAACGACACGGACGAGUGUCUGCAGGAACCCUGCCUCCACAACGGUUCCUGCACCAACACAUUUGGAAGUUUCUGGUGCCAGUGCCAAAGCGGUUAUGAAGGUUCUUUCUGUGAGCUACAUGUCGACAGAUGUCAGUCCUCCCCGUGUCUGAAUAACGCCAGCUGCACCAGUUCGACCGAGGCGUACACGUGUAUGUGUCCAGGGGGAUUCACUGGUUCGUCUUGCGGUGAAGAUUUGAACGAAUGUUUGCAGUCUCCAUGCCAAAACAAUGGAACUUGCCUUAAUACCCCAGGCAGCUUCCAGUGCAGAUGUUUGCAAGGGACUACUGGGGGUCUCUGUGAGCUUCACCAAGAUGAAUGUGACGAUUUUCCCUGUCAAAACAAUGGAACGUGCAAAACGUUUGCAGACGGCUUCCAGUGCAUUUGUGCGAAUGGAUACACAGGCUCACUGUGUGAAGAAGACAUAGAUCCGUGUAGACGUAGUCCCUGUCAGAAUGGAUCCACAUGUGUCUCCUGCAAUGAAACAACGCCAUUGGCAAAUCAAGAAUCGUCCACGUUGCAAAUUGAGGACUCGUCGAUACAAUCGACAUCACCAAUCAUGUCGACAUCCGGAAUGGAAACUACGUCAUCAUCAUCGACAGAGUCACAUAAUAUAUCAACAGCAUCAACAUAUAAUACGUCGAUCUCCUCAACAAUGCCGAACCAGUCAACUUCAGAUACACAAAAUACGCCUGAACCAGAAUAUACAGUGUCUACUGUAGUGUAUACAGAAAUUAAAAUACCUACUAAAGAAGCUCCAGUUAUUUCUGUACCGUUUUUCCUCUACGGAUCGAUAAACGAUAUUAACGAGACAGUAUUGAAAACCGGAAUUAUCCAGAUUCUUGACGACUAUGGUGGUCUGUCCGUGUCUAGUAUGAAGAUGGUCAUACGAAGAGAAGUGUAUGAUGGAGAGAAUGGAGUGACAGUGACAGAAAUACAGUUCCGAGUGGUCGUGGGGAAGAAAAGAGUUCAAAAGUCAGAGAUCAAAGCUAUAUUUGCGAAAGUACCUUACCACAAACUAAAGAGUUAUCUCCCCUACAGGUUUUACGUUGGUCAAACGUUUCCAAAGGCGCUGAUGUCCAUGUCGUCUGGCGGCGAGGCUGGGGUUGGCAUCCACGUUUAUCUCAUCGUCGCGUCUGUCGGGAUUUUGAUGAUCAUCGCUGUUGUCAGUUUCUUCGUAGUAAGGAGAUGGAAACGAAAAAACGCUCAACCGAAGCCUCCUGAUAUGAAAACGAUUUACAACUGCCAAACUCCUGAAACCAACCACCAGGUGGCGUCCUUCGAGAACAUCCUGUAUCAAGAGUACCAGCCUCCGGAACGGGAGCCAGUGGACAAAUGGGCCGAAUGUUAGAGAUCAGGGCCGGGCCUAACACAAUAACCUGGGGUGGGGCAGAAAAAUAAUCGGGGCCUAGUACUGUAGAAUCUUCUCCAGAUGGAAAAAAAUGGCAUUUCUACACUACAA